CUGCAGUAGAACUAAAACAUCAAGAACUGAGCUGAUGUCAUUGGUUCUUAAAUGGAUUACUGCGCAUGACUAGCUGUAGCUACAACAUGCCACUUACAACAUUUUAAAACCUUGUUGUCCUUUAUUUCCAAAUUGGCAAACAUAAAGAUGACCUCAACUACCCCCAAAGCAGCUUUUCCAUAUGGUUUUCCGUACCCGCCGUAUCCGUUGCAGAUCAGUUUGAUGGAUGCAAUAUGCGAUGCGGCUUCAGGUUCGAGACCGUCAGACCAAUGUAAUACUGAAGGAGCGGCCACCUUAGGCCUGUUUGAGAGUCCAACGGGAACCGGCAAGACUAUGUCUGCAGUUUGUGCGCUCAUCAAGAUUCUGCAAGACGACAAACGUAAAUGCGUGUUGUCAAGAAGGAUAGCAGCAGCUAAAGGGGAGACUGAGUCCGAGUUAUGCUUCUGUUGCAGUCCUUUAGUAGAAUAAUUUAUACUAUACGGAUGUAGGAAGAUGGACUUGGAUGGAUCGGAUGGACCCCCUAGUAAAUCUUCCGGUCCUAGUUGAAAUGGUGGGAAGUCCAUCCGAUCCAUCCGGUCCAUCCCAUCCUGGACCUGGCGCCCCUCUCUAUUUAUUCUACUAUAGCAGCUGUUUCCGAUGUCAUGAUACUUUUUUUGAAUGUUGUCGUCUCGCCAUCGUUCGUUUGAGAUCAAAUUUUGGGAUUCUUCACUACAUGAUUUUCUAAGGAGCAACGAGCCUAGUUGGGUCCGUGCACACGCCUUGAAGAUGGAAUCCGAUGAAUGGGAAAGACGUAAGGACCUUUUCAGACGAGCGCACAUAGAGAGACAGGCCAGACGGGAACAACGAAUGCUGGAACAACAGUACAAUCUUCAUGACGUGCGCAGUGGAGGAGGUUUUUUAUACCAAGAAACUGCAGGAGGUUCUAGUAGUUCUUUCUCAGCACCAUCAUCGAAAAAGCGGAGACGCGGAGGAGCCAAUAGAGACGAAGAGGAAGUGGUAGACUGGGGUCAGUUUUCACUGGAUCUGGAUUCGAGGAGUUCUUCUUGCUUAGGAACUGGAGGUCCUGGUGGAGGUUUACAUCCCGGGAUUCUAGCGAAGUUGGCAGGUUCCUCUUCUAGUACUUCUAGGUCUUCUUCAGCUACAAGACCAGGACCCCUACUGAAUCACGAUGUUGACGACGAUGACACCUCCACCCUUCUGAGUGGCGUGAAUGCUGGCGAAAAUAACGCUAAGCUACAGGUAAUCGUGUGUAGCCGAACGCACUCACAGUUAUCGCAGUUCUGUCAGGAGAUUGCUUCUCAACGUUUGCAUCAUGGGGAGAAAGCUAGUGCAGCGAUCGACGAGGAAAGUGAUCCGCCGAUAAGGGUCGUCUCUCUUGCAUCCCGGCUACACGGCUGUACGAAUCCGAAAAUUCCAAAGGUACUUGGCCUGACACUGACUUUUUCAUUAAUACUCCUUUUUAUUGAUCAUGAUUUUGAUGAUGUCCUACAACUAAGAUUACUUGUUUCGAAAAGUAUUGAUCCCGCAAUCAUGUUCAUGUUGUCUUCCGAACAACCUCUUUCCAGUAGAGCAGUGCCACUGCCUGCAACGAGGCUUGCCAGACACUCAGGGACCGCAAGGGGUGCCCUUACAAAGCCAAGGCGUCACUGGUCUCCGAUGAAGUCUUGUCCGACAUCCUUUCAGUGGAAGACGUGCUGCCAAAAGCCAAGGAGCUGGAAGCCUGUGCUUACUAUGGGAUGCGGCAAGCGCUACCGGAAGCGGACUUUGUCUUAGUCCCGUAUUCGUGCAUUCUGCAUGCGAAAACACGCGCGGCGCUGAAUUUAUGAGUGGAUAAUGGAAAUCUAAAUCUCUAUCUCAAUUUUUUGCUCGUGUCAUCUCGUCUUACCUCGCAUUUUCACAGACCAAUAACUCUAUCAACGCACCAGAAGUUCUUCCCUUUCCCACUGCACUCGACAGUUUUGUACAUGCGCACCAUCUCCGCCCUGCUCCUCUUUUCAUAUCGUCUCCGGAUCCGUGACAACAUUGUCGUAUUCGAUGAAGCCCAUAAUGUCUUCGAUGCUUGCGCAGAUGCGCACAGCUGCUUCAUCUCAUCUGGAGCCUUAGCGAAGUGCCGGGAGUACCUGGGAGCGUACAUUUCGAAAUAUCAGCUUUCGUUUGCAGAAGAAACGCGCAGAGGCGUAACGAGUUUGGCUCAGGUCAUAGGGAAAUUGGCGGAUAGUUGUAGCGUCAAUGCGAAGAACACCAACGCUCCUGCUGGUUCUAAUACAACAGCGUCCACUACCUCUGACCCAUCGGCAUCGGGAGUCGUGCUGACGAUAGCUAAGUACUUCAUCGCAAGCGGUCUAGAUUCC